UAUAGGAACCUGACACACACAAUGAUAAAGUCACCAUCCAGACACAUCCCUUGUCUGUUACUGGAUAAUGUCCCAGAAUUCCCAGCACCGCUCACCUUUCCGGUCAGCAGCUCAAUGAUCUCACUGGUGACUUCUUCAACCUUCUUGUUAUUCUUUUUCAGAGACUGAGAUGGAGGGUCUGUAUUGAAGCUUUGAUUCUUCCUCAUGUUGGUUGCCACCAAACCAUUCGAUAAUUUGAAGGCUCUCUCCAGUCAACAAGUAGAUGAUCUCCAGGGUGAGGUUUAAAAUCCUCUCGGACAUGUGACCUCGCUCUUUCUCCAU